GAAAGUGUAGAAAAAUCUAAAAUCUUAUUCCGUUCCGUUGAAAAACACCGCGAGGAUAUUCGCUUUCAUUCUCCUUUCUCGUAAUAUUUGUACUUGUAAAGCCGUAUAGAAAAAAAUGUGAAACGUUUUUACAUCACGAGAAUCACGUUUUUGCUUACACUGCUUGUAGAUUAUACGCGAAUAAAAUGUCUGACGAAAAUAAUGUGCUGUUUGUAAGAAGAAAUGGAAAUAAAAGUGGAGAUGACGAUAUCUGGGAUGAUACUGCAUUGGUACAAGCAUACGACAAGGCUGUAAACUUGGCCAAGGAGGAAGUGGCAAAGCGCAUUGCUAUGGAUGUACAGAAUCAACAGACAUCACAGAAAUCGCAAAGUUCCAAACGUAUGAAUCAAACAAAGAAGCACUCCAAGAAAUGGACUGUCGGUGCUCCUUGUCGUGCAGUGUAUUCAGUAGACGGGCAAGUUUACGAAGCUAUUAUAAUAAAGAUUCAUGAGAGCUCUGGCAUGUGCACGGUGAAAUUUGUUGGAUAUCAGAAUAAAGAAGAGGUAGAACUGAGUUCUCUUUUGGAAUCAGAAGGACUGCAGAGUCAAAUUGCUCAGCAGAAAGAUGCAUUAGCACAAAAAGCUGAAGAGGAGACCCUAGAUUCUGACACAUCAACAUAUUCAUCACAACAGAAUUCCAAACAAAUGAAUGGUGAAAGGAUGGAUUGUGAUACAGAAUAUCCCAGGCUAUUUAAAAAUAAUUUUAUGCCUGAAACUGAAUAUUUCAAUUCGUCAAUAAAUGCAAUGCCACCUGCGCCACCCUUACCACCACAAUUGAUGGCCCAAUUGCCAGAAACAGAUGCAGAUGCAUUAUCUAGUAUGUUGAUGUCGUGGUACAUAAGUGGAUUUCAUACAGGUUAUUAUCAUGGAUUAAAACAGGCUAAAAUCAAUCAACAAAAAAGAAGAAAUUGUCAAUAGUCUGUUUUGGAAAUUUUUAUCUUUCUAUAGGAUGCAACAAAACUUAUACAUUGUAUCAACAAAUUUGCACUAAUAAAAUUUUGCAUACUUAUUUUAUCUAGAUAAAAAUAUUCAUAUCUUAUCAUUUAUCAUUAAUAUGCUUAAAUGAUAAAUAUGAUCAUAUUACAGUAUAAAUAUUAUUA